AUGGCGCCGUUGCCUGCGCUCCGAGUGUGGCUUCUCGUCUCCUUCUCCGCGUUCGUCACCGUGUCCCUGGGCUUCGGACUGCCGGCGCUCCUGAAUGCCGCCACGGGGCUCCUGGGAGGGCCUGAAACGAGUGUGAGCGAGUGCGUGGUGCUGUCCUAUUUGCUCUUCGUUCUGUACGUCGCGAUGCCUAGGCUCCCCAGAGGACUCGUGGAGGCCACAGGCAAAGCGGUUGUCAUUACAGCUUGUGAUAGCGGCUUUGGUCUGGCUCUAGCCGAGCACCUGCACAAACUUGGUUUCACAGUCUUUGCAGGAUGCCUGCUUAAGGAUAAAGGCGGAGAAGGAGCAAAGGUCCUGGAGGAGCUCCAAUCAGAGCGGAUGAAGGUGUUCCAGUUGGACGUGUGCAGUGACCAGCAGGUGAACCGUGCCGCCCAGUUCAUCAGAGACAACCUGGAGACCUCCCAGCGAGGUCUGUGGGCGUUGGUCAACAAUGCAGACAUGUCCACAUUUGGAGGAGUAGAGUUCACCUCCAUGGACGCAUAUAAAGAAGUUUCUGAGGUCAACCUGUGGGGAACCAUCCGGGUCACCAAAGCGCUUCUGCCACACAUUCGCCAGGCCAAAGGCCGCGUGGUCAACAUUUCAAGCUCUUAUGGCCGGAUGGGGAAUAUCGCUCAGUCGCCUGUCUGCGUGUCCAAGUACGGCGUGGAAGCGUUCUCUGACUGCCUUCGCUACGAAAUGAAGUCCUGGGGUGUCAAGGUGUCAGUCGUUGAGCCAGGGAACUUCGGGGCUGCCACGGGCAUCCUGAGCCGUGACAUCGUAGCCCAAAUGGCCGACAAACUGUGGGCUGAGGCCCCGCCGGACGUCAGGGAGGAUUAUGGGAAAGCCCGUUUCGAGCAAACGGUAGCACCUAUCCGCUCGCAGCGCAACAGUGGACAAAAGGACUUGAGUCCCGUGCUGAACGACAUCACAGACGCCGUCACGUCUAAAUGUCCAUACACCAGAUAUAAUCCAAUGGAACCGCAUUGGUGGAUCCGAGUGCAAUUGAUGACGCACCUUCCUGCCGCACUGUCUGACUUGUUUUACUUCUAA